UUUUGUCCCAAAGUAUUUCGAUCUCAUAUUUGGAAUUUAAUGAAUAAACAUCUUCAUCAGCAUCCUUUAAUUCCAGAUAUAUCUCAACAAAAUUUAACAUCUGAUAUAAUUAGAAAGCAAGCAGUUUUAGAAAUGUAUACUUUUUGCAAGGAGAAUUCACUUGUACGGGUAUGGUCAUAUAUGUGGCGAGAAUGGUAUUCUAAGGAUAGAUGGGUGCUUUGGGCGCGUUCAGCAUUUAAUACUCUAUCUAUACUAAAAACAACAAUGUUCGUAGAGGGACAUUGGAAAGUCCUAAAAAGGGAUUUUUUAUAUAAGUUUUUUCGCCCACGGUUAGAUCUUUUAGUAUAUAUAUUACUUGAAAAAUUAAUUCCUCAUCAACAAUGCAAGUUUGAACAACAGCUUUCUGGACGUGAAAUGCUAGAUUAG